UUGAUUCGAUACCAAUUAUGCCCAGGCUAAAGGCACAUCGCAUAGACCCUGAGGCAACGCUUGAUCAGCCGAAGUAUGCCUUCUUCUUCUGUAUUAUGGGAGGUAUUGUCUUCUCCACGCUGGGAGCUGCCUAUGGGACUGCCAAGUCGGCCAUUGGCAUCUCAUCGAUGGCUGUCAAGCAUCCGGAGUCCAUCAUUCCCGUGGUAAUGGCUGGCAUUAUAACCAUCUAUGGACUGGUCGUGUCGGUGCUGUUGACCGGUUCGUUGAUAAAGAUGUACCCCACCUACAAGGGAUUCCUCAAUCUUGGCGCCGGUCUGGCUGUGGGUCUCUCCGGAAUGGCGGCUGGCUUUGCCAUUGGCGUUGUGGGCGAUGCUGGUGUUCGUGCAGCUGCACAGCAGCCGAAGCUGUUUGUGGGUCUAAUUUUGAUACAGAUAUUUUCCGAGGUCUUGGGUCUCUAUGGCCAGAUAGUGGCCAUCUAUUUAUUCACCAAAUGAAAUUUCAAUAAAAGUGGGACAUCUUCAGAUCCCACAAGUUCUUCGUAAGCGAGUCGUCACUUGUGUUUGUUGGUAACCGGUUCUUACAUCUGUUUCAUGAGGGUAUAACUUUUUC